AUGUAAAGAAGAUUUUACUUUUAAAAAUAUGAGAAGUUAUCCAGUCCAGAUAAUCUUCUUAAAAGACUUAAUAAUGAGGCUACCAAACCUAAAUUUAUUGAUUAUAUACUUAAAAAUGUGAAUAUUUAAGAAAAGAAAAAGAUGAUUCAAGGUUAUAAUCAAAGGGUCUCUAAAUCACUUGAUCCAAUUAGAAACAUCAGAAUGGAUACCUAAACACUUUAAGAAGAAUAUUUUAAAUUUCUAACUAACAUAUAAGAUGGAACAUAAAUAAACUUUAUAAAUACAGAAUAAAUACAAGAAAUCUACAAUUCUCCAUAAAAAAAUUAAAGUUUAUCAAAAGUUCUUGCAUUUAAGCAUCAGCUUAUAAAUCCCUUUUGA